GGGCUGUCACCAGGGCCGGGGAAUCGAAAGCGAAAGCUGGGGGAGGAAAGUUGCAGAGGGAGCGGCGACCACGGCCAUGGCGAGGGGCUACUCGUCGGAGGAGGCCUUCCGCCAGCUGCUCUUCUGCUUCAGGCCGCGGCUGCAGGCCUCCAUCCAGGUGACCCCGCUGCUGGACCACCUGACCUUCCUGGACGGCGAGGUCAAGGAUGAGAUCAAGAGGAUCGCCGAGACCCGCGGCCGGCCCCGCGCCGUGGAGCGGCUGCUGGCCGCCUUGGAGAGGGGGGACUGGCCACCAGGUUAUCGCCGGGAGUUCGUCACGGCCCUGCGGUUGGUGGGUUGCCCCCUGGCCGCCCGCUACGUCGACCCCGACGGCGGCGAUCUGCCUUCCCCGGCCGAGGAGGCCGCCAACGACCUGCACGGCCAGCUGCUCACCCUCUUGCUGCCCUCCCUGGUGGAGCGCCUGCGGCCCGGACAGGUCCUGGACCGGUGCCUGCAGAAGGGGCUGCUCACCCCAGAAGACAGGGCCGAGGUGUGUCAGGCAAUCAGCAAUCAUGGAAAUCCGUCUGGUACAAGGGAAUUGCUGAAUAGGAUAGUGCUGAAGGAAGAUUGGUUUUCUCUGUUCGUGGCAGUUCUGCGAGAAACUGAGCAUGACGAUCUCGCGGAGAGCUUAAUUGGCAAAAAUGUCCUUGAAAGCACUGAAGAAGCAGAGAUUAAAGAAAAUGGGGUAGAACAACCAGAGGCAGAGGACAUUUCGACCCCUGGAUUCACCCUUACUUCAGUAUCAGAGCAGUUGAAGUCGGAGAGUACUAAUCGGCUCAAUGAGACUGAUUCGCUGGACUCAUCUUUUUCGGAAUCUUUGGCUUCAGUAUCGGACACAAGUUUGGCAGAAGGAGGUAUCAGCUGCUUAGAGGAAAGCCUUGGACGUAAUGAUACCAUGGGCAGUGAUUCAGACCCAGAGAGUGUAAACGAGAGAGGAUCGCCUGAGCCGGAGCUGACGCUCAGGCCUUACCAGAUGGAAGUGGCCAAGCUAGCACUGGAAGGGAAGAACAUUAUUAUCUGCCUCCCUACAGGCAGUGGGAAAACCAGGGUGGCCGUUUAUAUUGCCAAAGAUCACUUGGAUAAGAAAGAGAAAGCAUCAGAGCUUGGAAAAGUUAUAGUUCUUGUGAAUAAGGUCCCCCUCGUGGAACAACACUUCCGCAAAGAGUUCCAGCCAUUCUUGAAAAAAUGGUAUCGCGUCAUCAAGUUAAGCGGUGAUUCUCAGCUGAAAAUCUCAUUUCCAGAAGUGGUCAAAUCUCAUGAUGUCAUCAUCAGUACAGCUCAAAUCCUGGAGAAUUCCCUUCUGAACUCAGAGGAAGAUGAACGUGUCCAAUUAUCCGAUUUUUCACUCAUCAUCAUUGAUGAAUGUCAUCACACCCAAAAAGAAGGUGUCUAUAACAAUAUAAUGACCCGCUAUUUGACACAAAAGAUGAAAAAUAAGAAGUUGAUGAAAGAAAAUCAGCCAGUGGUUCCUCUGCCUCAAAUCCUAGGACUGACAGCCUCCCCAGGGGUGGGCAAAGCAAAGAAGCAAGCAAAAGCUGAAGAGCAUAUUUUAAGAAUAUGUGCCAACCUUGAUGCAUUUACAAUUAAGACAGUUAAGGAAAAUGAAGCCCUUCUAAAAUCUCAGGUGAAGGAUCCAUGCAAGAAGAUAGUGAUUGCAGACUACACCAGAUAUGAUCCUUUUAAAAAGAAGCUUAUUGAUAUUAUGACAGAUAUUCAAAGCCAUUGCCGACUCUAUCCAACAUCUGAUUUUGGCGGCCAGCAGUACGAACAAUGGGUAGUUCAAAUGGAAAAAAAAGCUGCAAAGGAAGAAAACCGUACAGAGCGUGUGUGUGCGGAGCAUCUGAGAAAGUACAAUGAGGCCCUGCAAAUUAAUGACACCAUUCGAAUGAUCGAUGCAUACAACCAUCUUAAAAACUUCUAUAAGGAUGAAAAAGCAAAGAAAAUGGCAGCACAAGAGGAUGAUGAACAGGCUGCUCUAAUACUGAAUAAGACAGAUAAAUAUCUCAUAGAUUUAUUUUAUGAAAACAAAGAAAAGCUGAAGCAAUUGGCCAUAGAUCCAGAUCAUGAAAAUGAAAAACUGACCAAGUUGAGAAACACCAUAAUUGAAGAAUUCACCAAGGCCGAUGAAGCGGCAGCCCGAGGAAUCAUUUUUACCAAGACUCGACAGAGUGCUUGUGCCCUCUCUCAGUGGAUCUCUGAAAAUGACAAAUUUGCAGAAAUAGGAGUGAAAGCUUACUACCUCAUUGGUGCCGGCCACAACAGUGAAUUUAAACCCAUGACCCAGAAUGAACAAAGAGAAGUCAUUAAUAAGUUCCGUACUGGAAAGUUAAAUCUCCUCAUCGCAACCACAGUGGCUGAGGAAGGUCUGGAUAUAAAAGAAUGUAAUAUUGUUAUCCGCUAUGGUCUCGUUACCAAUGAAAUAGCUAUGGUCCAGGCCCGAGGACGAGCUCGUGCUGAUGAAAGCACGUACGUACUGGUGGCGAAGAGUGGGUCAGGAGUCGUCGAACGUGAAAGUGUUAAUGUUUAUCGGGAGAAAAUGAUGUAUAAAGCCAUCAACCGUGUUCAGAACAUGAAGCCGCAGGAUUAUUCUGAGAAGAUUUUGGUGUUCCAGAUGCAAAGUAUAAUGGAAAAGAAAAUGAAAAUCAAGAAAAAUCUAACCAAGCAAAUCAAAGAAAACCCAGCAUUGAUAAUUUUGAGCUGCAGAAACUGUACUAAGCAAGCCUGUGCUGGAGAAGACAUUCAAGUUAUUGAAAAUAUGCACCAUGUCAAUAUGACUCCAGAGUUUAAGCAACUUUAUACUACAAGAAAUAACAAAGUACUGCAACAAAAAUUCGCAGAUUAUCAAAUAAACGGGGAAAUUAUCUGCAAAUGUGGACAGUCCUGGGGAACAAUGAUGGUGCACAAAAGUUUAGAUUUCCCUUGUCUCAAUAUCAAACAUUUUGUGGUGACUUUCACGAAUAAUUCUGAAAAGAAGAUAUAUAAACGAUGGAGUGAACUACCUAUCACAUUCCCGAAGCUUAACUAUUCAGAAUAUUGUAUGUUUAGUGAUGAAGAUUAACAUUUAAUGUGCUUUUAAAACUUCGAGCUUUACUCUUAAGGCAGGGUUCCACAAUGGCAAAUGGAUAUUUUUAACAGUGAAUAAGCGAAUACUAACGACAGUGCCCGUUAUACGGGAACAAAAUCAACUCUUUGUUUCAUACCUGUGUCUACUUUUGUUUUGAAGAUGUGUUUCUGCUUAGAAAGAGGGGGUGUCCAGAUAAAACCUCCAUAUUGGCUAUUAGUGAGUGAGUUUCCACCCUGCCAUGUCUUUAGCACUUUGUCUACCUCCUUGUGAAGCAGGGAAAAUCACUAGGUCAAACAUUAAAAAGCAAUGGAGAAAUGCUUGCCUCAACCUAAUUGUUGUGAUUGACUCAAGCCUUGCAUCAUCCUAAUGGGUUUGUAAGUUAAAUAGAAGAUCAUUUGACAGAAGUAUUCCAUACAGAAUAUUCAAAUAAUAUCAUUUUGUAAUUAUGGUAUUUAUUAAGUACUUACUAUGUACUUUGUAAAAUUAUCACCUCGGUCUCAUUCCCUGUCCCACAUGGGACUCACAAUCUAUUUUUAUAUCCUCUUAUAGAUUAGGAAA